AUGAGCCUCAAAUCCCCGAUGUCUGCUCCUCAGUUUGAGAGCAAAAGCAUCCAUAGCAUGGCUAGAAUGGAAAGUUGUUUUCUAGUCAGGCACACCCCUCAUCCCAGAAGGGUCUGUCACAUUAAAGGUUUGAAUAAUGUUCCUAUCUGUACUGUGAAUGAUGGUGAGAACUCAUUGGGAACAUCGUGGGGUGCUGGCCAGUUCAACCACUUAGAGAAGCAUGAAACACCAUCUGCCAAAUGUAGUCACCCACCCAGUACUGCACCCAUAGAGAGCCCAGUCAGAGGAGUCUCACCAGCCCCAAACAGUAUCAAAGUGCACCUCCCACGGCCUCAUUCUGAGCCCUGUAGAAAAAUCAAAGAGUGCUUCAACACUUCCAGUGAGAAUCCCUUAGUAAUUAAAAAGGAAGAAAUUAAAGUAAACAAUCUACUCUCACCUCCAAAGGCAUACUCUACCGCUGGAUCUUGUUCUUCAGAGGUGAUGAGUACCCAGACUAAUGUCAAAGAGAACACUGUAUGCAUACCAAACUAUCUGGACCAGGAAAUCAAAAUUCUGGCAAAGCUCUGUAACAUUUUACAUACUGAUUCUCUGGCAGAAGUUCUGCAGUGGCUGCUUCAUGCAAGUUCAAAAGAAAAAGAGUGGGUCUCGGCUUUGAUUCAUGCUGAGCUGGCUGAGAUAAACUUGUUGGCUCGUCCUCACCCUCGAAGAAAGAACAUCUCCACAGGACCAGCAGCAGUGACUGGGAAGACAACCAAAGUUAAAGCACCCUCAGAUUCACCCAUGAGCUCAAAAGUGCUGACCAGGUCUCGAGAAGGACAUCAGCCGACCAGAGUGUCAAGUCAAGGAUCUGAGGAAAAUAAGGAAGUACCAAAAGAGGCUGAGCACAAGCCUCCAUUGGUUAUAAGAAGAAACAAGAUGACCAUACCUGUUGCAGAAUAUUUCAGCAAACCAAAGUCUCCUCCCAGGCCUAAAACUCAGCAGAGUGCAUCAACAAAACCAAUGUCAGCAAGGUGUCUCCAAGGAUACAAUCUCUCUCCCCAAGGAACAUUUUCUCCUUUAACUUACCAAAAGUAG